UCAAGUUAAACUACAGAAAACCCAUCGUCGUCGUCGUCGUCAUCAUCAUCCUCCUCACAACGACACGCCAAAAUCCGAUUCAUGAAUGGGUCCAUUUUCAACAGCAUUCGCCAUCAUUACCACUCGAUUUUUCAUCAUUCGUUUUUCUGUUCUCCCAAUUCCCUCUCUCUCAAAUCCCAGCUCGGCAAUUUCAGCUUUCGAUUCCCUCUCUAAAUUAUCAAUAACAAAAGUUGUUCCCAAUGUUCCCCUUCACUCAUUGAGCGGAGAAAUCUAAGGAAAACCCCCUUCAAAUUUCUCUCUCUCUCUUUCAUUCUAUGAUUCUAAAAGUGCCGGCCAUGGCCGGCCAAUCUCGUCUCCUUUUCCCCAUCCAUAUCUCUCACUCCAAAUCCUUCUCAUCAUCCCCUUUUCCCUUUCCUCUGCAAAAUCUCCAAAUUCCAAUCCCUAAAUUCCACUCUCUAAUCCAUGGGCUGUGCACAAACGAAGCAUUCGGUGAAUUCGCCUUCUGGGGGAGUUGAGAAGCUGAAAUUGGAAAAUGGGUAUGCUGGGAUUGAAGGUUUUAUCGCUCAUCGGAGGUCGACGGGGAAAAGGAGAUAUGUCAGCAGGGAGUCGUCUGAAGCAGAGAAGCCUCAUGGCGGUGAUGGCGGCGGCGGGAAUGACCAAUUUGGUUCAGAGAAGAGUGAACUAGUAGAUGGGUGGCCCAAAUGGCUUACUAGCAAUAUUCCUAAACAUGUGUUGGCUGGCUUGGUACCCAAGAGUGUGGAGGCCUAUGACAAGCUUGAUAAGGUAGGCCAAGGAAGUUACAGCAAUGUGUACAAAGCUCGAGAUAGGGAAAGUGGAAAGAUUGUUGCCCUUAAGAAGGUCCGUUUUGAUACAACAGAACCUGAGAGUGUGAAGUUCAUGGCAAGAGAAAUUAUGAUACUGCUGAAACUGGAUCACCCCAACAUUGUCAAACUUGAAGGAUUGGCUACCUCAAGAAUGCAAUUCAGUCUUUAUCUUGUUUUUGAUUUUAUGCAGACUGAUUUGGCUCGAGUUAUUUCCCACCCUGAUGUAUGGCUUACGGAGCCUCAGGUCAAAUGCUAUAUGCAUCAGCUACUCUCUGGUUUGAAGCAUUGCCAUGAUAAGGGGAUACUACAUCGCGAUAUCAAAGGAUCAAACCUGUUAAUCGACAAAAAUGGGAUGCUGAAGAUUGCCGAUUUUGGGCUUGCCAUUUUCUUCAGUCCAAAGAGGCAUCUUACUAAUCGUGUUGUGACUCUUUGGUAUCGAGCUCCGGAGCUAUUGUUAGGUGCUACAGAUUAUGGAGUUGGCAUUGAUCUAUGGAGUGCUGGAUGCCUCUUUGCAGAAAUGUUCACGGGAAGGCCGAUUCUUCCAGGUCGAACAGAGGUUGAACAACUCCACAAAAUUUUCAAGUUAUGUGGUACACCAUCUGAAGAAUAUUGGAGAAAACUCAAGCUGGCACCAACUUUCAGACCUCCACAGUCCUAUCGACCUAGUCUCGGAGAGUUGUUUAAGCAUUUGCCCUCAUCUUCUCUAGGCCUACUCAGCACUCUACUUGCUUUGGAGCCUUCAUAUCGUGGCUCUGCAUCUUUAGCUCUCGAGAAUGAAUUCUUUCACACAAGCCCACUGGCAUGCAGCCUUUCGGAUCUUCCAGUAAUCCACAGGGAGCCCGAUGAACAGGAUCAAACGAAUCGGCAGAAGUCUAGGAAUGCUAAAGUGACAAGGCGUUCUAAUACACACCGAGAGCGGCGGAGGAAAGAUUUUACCGGCGGAAUACCAAAAGAAGAAUCCAACAUUCCCAAACAGCAAAUGGGAGAUGGUGACGAGCAAAAUGAAGAGCGAGGGAGUACUACGACGAGCACCUCCUCAAGUGUUAAUACGGGAGUGCGAAAGGGGAGUACAAUGAUGAGCACUUCCUCAAGUGUUAGCACAGGAGGGCGAAAGACGACGAGCACGUCUUCAAGCAUGAACACGGGAGGAGGAAAGGAGAGCUCUCACUUCUUGCUAUCUCCAAUUUCAUAUUCUAAUAGGAAAUCGUCAAGAACCCAGGACCAUCUUGAGACUGCCAAGAACCUCAACUUGCCUCCAUUGCCUAAGAUGAGAGAAUACUCGACCUUCAACAUCGAAGACCAUGGUGGACAUAUCACAGGUCAGGUUCGGAGGUCGGUCUCGACCAGAGAUUUGAGGAACUUGGGGCGAAAAGAGCAUUUGAAAUUUUAUGCCGUUGAUGAUUAGGCUAAUGUAAUGGUCCUUGAUGGUGUCUUUUUUUUCUUCAUCUUUUUAUUUUAUUUUAUUUUAUUUUAUUUUAAAUGUUUUUCUUGUAUGUUUUAGGUGCUUGAUAUUUUAACUUUUUAUUUUCUUCAAUGGAUUCAUAUAUUUGAAAACUGAAAUAAUUUGCUAUUUUUAAAUAGAGAGCAAGCCUAGAUGUUAGUGUUGUUUGAUAGUUUUG